AUGCUUCGAAUCAACACUCUAUUGGCUUUCACCGCAGCCGUCCAACCUCUCCUCGCCGCUCCUGCCACUAAUGCUGCCCUUUCAAAAGAAGGCCUCCGUCUCGUCAAGACGUCCGAGUCGGACCCAGGACAGUGGGUCACCGAGCAAGAAAAGUUUGACCGCUUCACUUCACAGAACAUUGGUUUUGUCGACAUCACCGACACCAGGGAUCAAGAGGUUCUUUCCAUCCUCAGUGGCGAGUCGUCGCCCCAGCUCAUCACCCGGGCCGUCAUCUACCCCAAGGGGGCCUUGCACAAAGAUGAAGGCGAUCAGUUGCUUGCAAAGACCAGCGUAGAGGGACCCAAGUCUUGGCUAAAGACAUAUUCCGACUUCCACACACGAAACUACAUGACUUCGACAGGUGUCCAAGCAGCCAACUGGCUUUUUAGCCAAGUAAAAUCGAUUGCCUCUAACAACUCCGCCAUCACCGUCAAGCAAUUCAGGCACUCGUCCUUUAAUCAGCGUUCCAUCAUUGCACAAUUGCCUGGCAAUAGCUCCGACUUGGUCGUCGUUGGGGCACAUCUCGAUAGUGUAACUAAAACUCUCAACGGCCGCUCCCCCGGCGCAGAAGACGACGGCUCCGGCACCGUGGUCAUAUUGGAGGCCCUCCGCGUUCUCGCACAGUCGGGGUUAAGGCCGAAUAACACGAUCGAAUUCCACUGGUAUGCAGCCGAAGAAGCUGGCUUGUUGGGCUCUGCGGACGUUUGGGCAAACUACAAAACUUCUAGGAAGAGCGUAAUUUCAUACCUCAAUCAGGACAUGGCGGGAUAUUCUUCAAGUGGUACUCCUGCUGUGUAUCAGGACUACGUUAGCCCUGCCUUGACGCGUUACGUCACUACUCUCAUCAAGGAGUAUCUUGGGAUUACGCCCAACACGUCUUCUUGUGGAUAUGCAUGCUCUGAUCAUGCCAGUGCUAGAGCGAACGGUUUCCCUGCUGCGUUUGUUGCCGACGAUGUUUUUAGCAACGCCAGUCCCUACAUUCACAGUGCAGAGGAUACCUAUGACAAGAUUAUGUGGCCUACUAUUCUAACCCAUGCCAAAAUCGUAGUCAGCUAUCUUGUCGAGGCUUCUUAUAUCUGA